CCAGCUCCACACGGUUCAUCGCCACAAAGCAACCAACGCCUCCCCCAAAUUCAGGAGCCAUCGAUCGACAGAGAAGCGUGCUAGUGCCACACGCUUACGCUUUCUUGGUUCUUGUUCGCUCGAUCAUCGUCGUCGGCCGAUCGAUCAAUCAUGGUGGCGUGGAGGGAGAGCUACCUGGACCUCAUCCUGAUCCCACUGGGGCUCCUCCUCCCGGCGCUGUACCACGCCUGGCUGUGGCGCGCGGUGCGGCGCCGCCCGCUCUCCACGGCCUUCGGCGUCUACUCGGCGGCGCGCCGGCUCUGGGCGGCCGGCAUGAUGCGGGACAACGACGACAAGAAGGGGGUGCUGGUGGUGCAGUCGAUCCGGAACGUCAUCAUGGGGUCCACGCUCAUGGCCACCACCUCGGUGCUCUUCUGCACCGGCAUCGCCGCCGUGCUCAGCAGCACCUACUCGGUGAAGAAGCCGCUGAGCGACGCCGUGUUCGGCGCGCACGGGGAGUACAUGAUGGCGCUCAAGUACGUGGCGCUGCUGCUCGUCUUCCUCUUCUCCUUCCUCUGCCACACCCUCACCAUCUGCUUCCUCAACCAAGCCAGCUUCCUCAUCAACACCUCCUGCCUCCCCCUCCCCGACGCCGAAAAGGACGACGACGGCGCCCGCCUGGUCGGCCUGCAGCUGCCGGCCGGCGCCGUGAGCGACUACGUGGGCGAGAUCCUCGAGAGGAGCUUCACGCUCAACUUCGUGGGCAACAGGCUCUUCUACGCCGGGGUGCCCCUCCUGCUCUGGAUCUUCGGCCCGCUGCUCGCCUUCCUCUCCUCCCUCGUCAUGAUCCCGAUACUCUACAACCUCGACAUGGUGAACGUCGCCGGCGACAGAGGGACGAAGGAGCACAGCAGCGGCUGCGUCAACGGCAAGGCGAACGGGAACGGCUGCAUGCAAGUCUGAUCAAUCGAUGAUCGUCGGAAGCAAGUGCAGUGCAGUGCAGUCAGCCAGAGGAAGACGAAGGCGUUUCGAUCAGUCCGAUCCCCUGUUCUUUUCAUCCAGACAAGUCGGGAGGGGGUUUCUUGUCAGCUAGUCGGUUUCUGGCUUGUCAGUAGCUGCGGUGCGUGUCGUGUGGAUCGAGUUAGUUGUACUACCAGAAAUUCGGAAUGACAUGGAACCUGUGUUUUGGCUUU